AUGGGUGACACACAGAAGGGCAAGCUUCAUCAGGAGAGUCCUGUGAGAGCUGAACUGCAUCUGUUCCCCUUCAGAAAGCUGAAGAGAUAUACCCUCCAGGAUGCCGAUCAAAGACAGGACCACAAGCAGGACCUGGAGACAGAAAAUGAGGUGGAGACGUCUUUUGGAAAGAGACCGGGAAUGGUAACUCCCUGUGGGAUGGAAGUCUGGGAGUGUGAGAACAGUGGUGGAGCCCACAUCAGCAAGGUUAUUCUUGCUGGGGACAAGCCAGACCCACUCAUGUGUGGGAAUGGUGCCAUUUGGAUUCAGGAGGUGCGAGAGAAAACCUACAAGUGUCCCGAGUGUGGGAAGAGCUUCAGCCGGAGCUCAUACCUGAGCCAGCACCAGAGGAUCCACCUGGCAGAGAAACCCUUCAGCUGCUCCGAAUGUGGGAAGAGUUUCACCCGCAACUCAGACCUGAUCAAACACCAGCGGAUCCACACCGGUGAGAAGCCCUAUCAGUGCAACGAGUGUGAGAAGACCUUCAGCCAGAGGUCCAAUGUGAUCAGGCACCAGCGGACGCACACGGGAGAGAGACACUACCAGUGCAACGAAUGCGGGAAGAGCUUCAGCCAGAACUCGCAUCUCAUUGUCCACCAGCGAAGCCAUAAGGGUGAGAAACCCUUUAACUGUCUGCGGUGUGAGAAAAGCUUCAGCGACCGUUCCUCCCUGAUCAUACACCGGAGAGUCCACACCGGAGAGAAGCCCCACAAGUGCCAGGAGUGCGGGAAGCGUUUCCGGGACAGCUCAGCCAUCAUUCGACAUCAGAGGAUUCACACGGGAGAGAAACCGUACAAGUGCACCGAGUGUGGGAAAACCUUCCGGCAGAGCUCCUCGCUGGUGACCCACAUGCGAACACACACAGGUGAGAAGCCCUACAAGUGCCCUGUGUGCGGGAAGGGCUUUAGCCAGAGCUCGGCGCUCACCACUCAUCGACGGAUCCACGGGGCGAAGGCCUUGCCCAUGUACCAUGCUGGCCUCCUGCCCAGCCCCUACCAGUGCGCUGAGUGUGGUCGGAGGUGCAGCGACCGCUCCACUCUGGCCAAGCACCAGACCACGCACACCGAGGAACGGCCGUACAUCUGCAUGGAGUGCGGGGACAGCUUCCGUCGGAGCUCGGCUCUCAAUGUGCACCUGAGGAUCCACCGCGGGGAGAGACCCUACAAGUGCGAGGAGUGCGGAAAAACAUUCAGGCACAGCUCAGCCCUUGGUGCCCACCUGAGGAUCCAUGCAGGAACAAAGCCCUACAAGUGUGGCGAGUGUGGGAAAAGUUUCCGGAAAAGCUCGACGCUUAAAGUGCAUUUGAAAAUCCACAUAGCCAAGAAACCUUAUAAAUGUACG